CUAUAUCCCUGCCAAAUGUAUGCCACCCUCUAGUACCUACAGCCCACCCCUACUAUGACGUUAUUCAUUUGAUUAACCUGCUUUCACCCAACAAAUAAUGCGCUGGCACACAGGUCAUGUGAUACACUGACACGUGAACUGGUCAUAUGAUCGACUGAUCUUGUGAGUUAAGAGGAAGUUAACUUUCACUGGUAGAGAAGACACCGAAGACCGAACCUAGCGACGGUAAGCGGCUAGAGAUGUAUUUUGUUCUUCUUUACUGUGUGUUUAUUGGGGCUAUGUCUGUAGAAGCUGCUGCCCCUGAUGAUGAGAUUAUUUACUUACCAGGGCUGCAUAAACAGCCCUCUUUCCACCAAUACUCAGGAUAUCUCAGUGUGAUAGGAGGCAAACACCUCCAUUACUGGUUUGUGGAGUCCCAAAAGGAUCCAAGUAAUGAUCCAGUUGUUCUUUGGCUGAAUGGAGGUCCUGGUUGCAGUUCUUUGGAUGGACUAUUGACUGAACAUGGUCCCUUCCUGAUUCAGGAAGAUGGCAACACUUUGGAAUACAACCCUUACUCCUGGAACAUGAUUGCAAAUGUUCUCUACCUGGAAGCCCCUGCUGGUGUUGGAUUUUCCUAUUCCAAUGAUAAAAACUAUGAGACUAAUGAUACUGAGGUUGCUCAUAAUAAUUAUUUAGCCUUAAAGGAAUUUUUCCGUCUUUUUCCGGAGUACAGUAAAAAUGAUUUUUACAUUACUGGCGAGAGCUAUGGUGGUGUGUAUGUGCCAACACUGGCUGUGGAAGUGUCUCAAGAUCCUAGUAUAAAUCUGAAGGGUAUAGCUGUGGGAAACGGCCUGAGCAGCUACGAGAGUAACGACAAUUCACUGGUUUACUUUGCUUAUUACCAUGGCAUACUGGGCAAUCAGCUAUGGAAAGAAUUACAAACGUACUGCUGUGAAAAAGGAUCUUGUCAGUUCUACAACAACCCUGAUGGGAACUGCACCCUGCAGGUUCAAGAGGCUAUGCAUGAUGUGUAUAGUACUGGACUGAACAUCUACAAUCUGUAUCAGUUAUGUGCAGGGGGAACUCCAGGAGAGGUUCGGGAUGAAGGUGAUCACAUCACUGUCUAUCAUCCUGGAAUUUUCUCUCCCACAAUUCUUAGACACUGGAAUAGAAAGCUGUUGUCUCUGUCUAGCAUGCAGAAGCCUAUACGUAUGGACCCUCCCUGUGUAAACAGCACUGCCUCCAGAAUGUAUCUAAACAACCCGUAUGUGAGGAAGGCUCUGAACAUCCCUUCUGAAGUGCAGCAGUGGGAGGUCUGCAGUGCUGAUGUUUACAGCAUGUACGGUCGAGUGUACCUAACCAUGAAAAAACAGUACCAGGCACUUCUUAGUGAUAUGAGAUACAGAAUCCUGGUGUAUAACGGAGAUGUGGACAUGGCUUGUAACUUCCUCGGUGACCAGUGGUUCGUGGAUUCUCUGGACCAGAAGCUGCAGGUUCACCGGCGCCCAUGGCUGUAUAAUGAGGGGGAGCAGCACCAGAUUGGCGGCUUUGUGAAAGAAUUUACCAACCUCACCUUCCUUACAAUUAAGGGUGCAGGACACAUGGUGCCUACAGACAACCCCAAGGCUGCCUUCAUCGUGUUCAGCCGGUUCAUAAAUAAUGAGCCCUUUUAAUUCUUUCAAUGAAAUACCACUGAUACGCAAUUGCCAGUACCGAUGCACAACAUCUGUGAUCUUCGUCUAAGGCUCCGCAAUAACUAGAUUUUUAUGUCUUAAAUUGUUUAACACCAGGAGUUCCUUCAGCUUUCCACAUUCCCUUAACUGCUAUACCUUAUUGGUCACUGGUUCUUCUGCAUAUCCCCUUCCUGAAUCUCAUUUGUUGCCUUCAACAAAUAGGACCAGACAAAGUCCCUAUUUCUGCACCUUGGCUUGUCUACCUAUUGUUUAGCUGGACUGAGGGCACUGCGUGCGGGUGAUCAUGCUUAGUCUAACAGUUGGGCACUGGAGUCUCUUAUCGCUGCUUCUAGUUAUACGUUCUAAAAUGUUCUUUUCCUGAUGACAUUUAAUUUUAAUGUUUAUCAGAUCUGUGGGCAAACGGCUAAGAAGAAGUGAUUUCCUGUACAAGAUACAAACUUACUGAUUUGGUUUAAAUGGACAAUAGCCCUUACAGAUAAACACUCAGAACCAAAUAAGUAGUUUUUAGUAUUGUGUUAUUAAUGCAACGUACAGAAAUUUCCUGAGAUUGCUCCUUACUCAGAGUGAUGCUAAAACAAACAUACUUUUGUCAAACAAAUCUGUUUUUUUUCUAAGAAAAGCUAUAAAGAUUGCUAAUUUUGUAAACAUGUGCAACUCAUCUCAUUAAGGUGGAUUGGUCUUUACUGCAGUUUCUAAUACAAAAGAUUUAGGUUCCCCCCCCAAAACUAAGCUCUAAUACAUAAAGUGCUGAAACUAGCUCUAAAGGUAAUACUGAUAACUAUAUUCUAGAUUGUGGCAUUCUCAUUUUAAUCAGUUUCGUCCCCGUUAAUAAACAUGAAAAUCUCUCUUCAUAGGAGUGAACAUAGCAUUUGGUUAAUAUUGUAUUAAAUUAUGGAGCUGUUGCAAUUUCAAUUAAAAAGUUUCUUUUUUUUAAAAA